UGACAGUAUGCGUGGAUAAUACAAUUGUAGAUUGAAUAAUUCAAUGUUUCGCCGAACUCUCAACGUAUUAUUAUUAUAUUGAUAUAUAUCUUGCGUAAACUGCGUAAUUCCUCGUCUUACUACGUCCCAUAGGAAGGUGAUCCAACAGAGGAGAAGAAAAAAGAAGGGAAGGCAUAUUCGCCAGCUUUUUCUUCACGAUGGACUCCAUUCCGAGGACGCAUAAAGAUAUUGAAGCACAGAUAAGAGAGAUACAAUCGAAAAAGAAGGAGCUUUUAAAUACAACAUCUGAGAAAGAACAGGUUGCUUUGGGAAAGACUGGAUUUUAUGAUCAAGACAUCUAUGAUGAUAAUAAAUUUGAUGGCUAUGUUACAUCGAUUGCAACCAACGAUGAAAUUGAAGAUUAUGAUCCAUUUGCGGACAAACGACUACCCACCGUAGCAGAUAGAGAGGAGAAAGAUUAUGAUCCAUUUGCGGACAGACGACGACCUACUAUAGCUGAUAGAGAAGAUGAAUACAGGCAAAAAAGACGUAGAAUGAUUAUCUCUCCUGAACGUGUUGAUCCAUUUGCUGAAGGUGGUAAGACACCUGACAUUGGUUCUAGAACAUAUACUGAGAUUAUGCGAGAACAAAUGCUCAAAGGUGAAGAGACAGAGCUAAGAAAAAGAUUAGUAGAAAAGGCUAAAGAAGGUACUCUAAAAGCCAAUGGCGAACCUAAACCAGCUCCCAAAAAGAGAGGCCGUUGGGAUCAGACAGAUGAUACUCCAGUGCAGAAAAAGUUAUCUGGUACUUCAGCAACACCCACAUCUUGGGAUAAUGCAGAUGUGACGCCAGCUGCUGUUAGAUGGGAUGAAACUCCAGGCCAUGGUAAAGGAGCAGAAACUCCUGGAGCUACUCCAGGAGUGAGUACAAGAAUGUGGGACGCUACUCCUGCGCAUGCAACGCCAGGAGCUGCGACUCCAGGAAGAGAAACGCCUUCUCAUGAAAAAACAGUAACGAGUCGAAGAAAUCGUUGGGAUGAAACUCCAAAAACUGAAAGAGAAACUCCCGGACAUAACAGCGGUUGGGCAGAAACUCCGAGAACUGAUCGUGUUGCUGGGGACUUAAUACAAGAGACUCCAACACCUUCGGCGAGCAAACGAAGAAGUCGAUGGGACGAGACGCCGUCGAAUCAAACGCCAGGCUCGAUGACGCCGCAAACUCCAGCAACACCUCUAACAACACCUCAUCAGACAACGAUAUUGACUCCAAGUGCUACCACACCGACGGGACCCAAGGCAAUGGGUCUGGCUACUCCAACUCCAGGACAUUUAAUGUCCAUGACACCUGAACAAUUGCAGGCUUACCGUUGGGAACGCGAGAUAGAUGAGCGAAAUAGACCUCUCUCGGAUGAUGAGUUGGAUGCACUGUUUCCACCUGGGUACAAGAUCUUGCAACCUCCGGCAGGAUAUAUACCUAUUCGUACACCUGCUAGAAAACUCACGGCGACACCCACGCCCAUCGCUGGUACACCUCAAGGUUUCUUCAUUCAAACGGAAGACAAAAGCGCCAAGUACAUAGAUAAUCAGCCGAAGGGUAAUUUACCAUUCAUGAAACCGGAAGAUGCGCAGUAUUUUGAUAAGUUGCUAGUUGAUGUGGACGAAGAAACGCUGAGUCCUGAAGAACAAAAAGAAAGAAAAAUUAUGAAAUUGCUUUUGAAAAUUAAAAACGGAACUCCACCGAUGCGCAAAGCUGCGUUACGACAAAUUACUGACAAAGCGAGGGAAUUUGGCGCCGGACCACUCUUUAAUCAAAUUCUCCCUCUUCUCAUGUCACCGACUCUUGAAGAUCAAGAACGUCAUCUUUUGGUCAAAGUCAUCGAUCGCAUUCUGUAUAAACUCGACGAUUUAGUACGGCCGUAUGUACACAAGAUUCUGGUCGUCAUCGAGCCUCUAUUGAUCGACGAGGAUUAUUAUGCUCGUGUCGAAGGCAGAGAGAUUAUUUCUAAUUUGGCAAAAGCCGCAGGACUGGCUACAAUGAUCUCCACAAUGAGACCAGAUAUCGAUAACAUCGAUGAAUACGUUCGUAAUACAACAGCAAGAGCAUUCGCUGUUGUAGCAUCCGCUCUCGGAAUCCCUUCACUUCUUCCAUUCUUAAAAGCUGUUUGUCGCAGCAAAAAAUCCUGGCAAGCGCGACAUACUGGUAUCAAGAUCGUGCAACAAAUAGCUAUAUUGAUGGGUUGUGCCAUUUUGCCACAUUUGAAAAGCUUGGUGGAAAUUAUAGAGCAUGGUUUGGUGGACGAGCAGCAAAAAGUACGAACAAUUACUGCGUUAGCCAUCGCCGCACUGGCUGAAGCAGCAACACCUUAUGGUAUCGAAAGUUUUGACUCUGUGCUAAAACCUCUUUGGAAGGGUAUUCGUACGCACAGAGGAAAAGGAUUAGCAGCGUUCCUAAAAGCUAUCGGUUAUCUCAUCCCUCUUAUGGAUGCGGAGUAUGCGAACUAUUAUACUAGGGAAGUAAUGUUAAUUCUUAUACGUGAAUUUCAAUCUCCUGAUGAAGAAAUGAAGAAAAUUGUGUUGAAGGUAGUCAAACAAUGCUGUGCAACUGAUGGUGUAGAAGCUCAAUAUAUAAAGGAUGAAAUUUUGCCUCACUUCUUUAAACACUUUUGGAAUCAUCGUAUGGCACUAGAUCGUAGAAAUUACAGACAGCUUGUGGAUACAACAGUAGAAAUAGCCAACAAAGUGGGCGCAUCAGAAAUUAUUAAUAGAGUAGUAGAUGACUUAAAGGACGAAAAUGAACAAUAUAGAAAAAUGGUGAUGGAAACCAUUGAAAAAAUAAUGGGCAACUUAGGAGCGGCGGAUGUCGAUUCUCGUCUAGAGGAACAGCUUAUUGAUGGAAUUUUAUACGCCUUUCAGGAGCAAACAACCGAGGACGUUGUUAUGCUGAACGGUUUCGGUACAAUUGUGAACACAUUGGGUAAAAGAGUGAAGGCGUAUCUUCCACAGAUAUGUGGUACAAUAUUGUGGAGAUUGAAUAACAAAUCUGCAAAAGUCAGACAACAAGCUGCAGAUCUUAUUUCGCGCAUCGCAGUGGUUAUGAAGACCUGUCAAGAGGAAAAACUUAUGGGACAUCUGGGAGUCGUUCUGUAUGAAUAUUUAGGCGAAGAAUAUCCAGAAGUAUUAGGUAGCAUUUUAGGAGCGUUAAAAGCUAUCGUUAAUGUUAUAGGAAUGACGAAGAUGACACCACCUAUCAAAGAUUUGUUACCAAGGCUUACACCCAUCCUGAAAAACAGACAUGAAAAGGUACAAGAAAAUUGUAUUGAUCUUGUGGGUAGAAUCGCAGAUCGAGGUCCCGAGUAUGUUUCCGCGCGAGAAUGGAUGAGAAUAUGUUUCGAAUUGUUGGAAUUAUUGAAGGCACAUAAGAAAGCUAUUAGAAGAGCUACGGUGAACACUUUUGGUUAUAUCGCGAAAGCUAUUGGGCCGCACGAUGUCUUAGCGACACUUUUAAACAAUUUAAAAGUACAGGAACGUCAAAAUCGUGUUUGUACCACAGUUGCUAUUGCCAUAGUUGCUGAAACUUGUAGUCCGUUCACAGUAUUACCGGCAUUAAUGAACGAGUAUAGGGUACCUGAGUUAAAUGUACAGAACGGAGUGUUGAAAUCCUUGUCGUUCUUAUUCGAAUAUAUUGGGGAGAUGGGUAAAGAUUACAUUUAUGCUGUCAGCCCAUUGCUAGAAGAUGCGCUUAUGGACAGAGACUUGGUACACAGACAGACAGCUUGUGCUGCUAUUAAACAUAUGGCAUUAGGUGUAUACGGAUUUGGAUGUGAAGAUGCGUUGAUACAUUUAUUGAAUCAUGUGUGGCCCAAUGUUUUCGAGACUUCGCCGCAUUUAGUCCAGGCGUUCAUGGAUGCUGUGGAUGGAUUACGUGUCGCGCUUGGACCAAUCAAAAUUUUGCAAUACACAUUACAAGGUUUAUUCCAUCCAGCCCGUAAAGUUCGUGACGUUUAUUGGAAGAUAUAUAAUUCUCUUUACAUUGGCGGACAGGAUGCUCUUGUAGCUGGUUAUCCUCGUAUCAUGAAUGAUCCAAAGAACCAAUACAUAAGAUAUGAAUUAGAUUAUGUAUUAUAAUAAACAACAUUCAUAUAAUAGUUGCGAGAAACACAAUGAAUUACAUAAUAAUUUAUAUUGACUACACUCCUAUAUAAUAAGAAUAAUUUUAUUGGAGACAAAUUUGUGAAAAUCAUUCUAAAAUUAAAACCUGAUGUAUAGAGAGAGUUUCUCAUUUCAGGAUAUUGAAUUGUAUUUAAUGAAUCAAUUAGGUGCAUCAUUGAUUAAAUGUUGACGAAUUAAAUUAUAUUUAUAAUAUGGGUAAAAAUUUACUACUUUAUAAUGUAGAUAAACAUUUAAUGAUUCUGUCAUAUAUGU